AUCACCAUCCCCAUACUCGAACCACCGCUCCCCAUCCCAGACGACGACAAAGUCAGCGCCGUCAACGCCUCUUCCUCCUCCCCAACCACCGCAGCCGCAGGGGACUCCGCCAUCUCCACAUCACCGCUCCCACAUAGUUCUAACAGUACUCAUGAUUAUUAUAAUUACCGUUCGACGCCGCCCGCUGAAGUAGAAAGCCCAAAAAUCAUCACAAUCGUCGCAGGCAGAAGUCCUCGCCCGGAAUACAAUAAUCGGCGCCGAUAUGGAGCAUUUCUGCGAGAUCGUGUUUUCCCCCUUGCUUCAUCUUCUGCCAAUUGACCGCCGACUUCUCUGAUGCAACUGUUCGCCCCCUUCUCUACCGACUCCCUCCACAGCUCUUCACUGCCACCGUCUCCCUGAAAUAGAAGCAAGGAAGGAGAAUGAAGGGAGAAGGUCGGAGGGUUGGGGAUUAAGAUUAAAGAUCUGACAACACAGGGAAAAUAUUCCGAAAUACACAAAGAUGGAUCAUCUUUGUGCACCUUAUUGAGAAGGAGAAGUUGCCCCAACCCUAGAGAACAAACCGAAGAGAAAGCUGCAU